AUUUAAUUUAUUUUAAAUGGGACUGGCUUGUUCUUCCAGCAAUCAUAAGCCACAAAAUUAGAAAAUAAACGAAAUCAAAUUACCAAUUAUGAUUGCAGAGAAUUUCAUUCAUAUCAUAGGACAGUUAGAAUUAUCUAACGAUAUCCCUGAUGAUCUUCGUUAUAAUUUAAAUCAAUUAAUUAUACUGAGGAGCAAAUUGGCACAUUGUAUCGCUCGUCUACAGAAACGAUACUCUCAUUAUCACUUUAAAGAAUUAGAAAAUGAGCUUGCCAAUUUGAUUCAUUUUGUGGACAUUGUGCUUUAAGAUUUUUAGCUAGAAGUGUAUUUUCCAUUAGUAUACUCAUACUUGAUAGAAUAAUUAGAGAUACACAAAUAAAAUUUGAAAUACGAAGUAUGAAUAUGAGAGUGACA